UCUGGGAAGCUGCGUUAGAAAGCGGGGACGAGUGAGAGAAGACUUUGUCCCGGUCUUGCCUUGCAGCUUCGCCCCUCCAAUUACCAUUCCAUUUGUCAGACUUUAGGGGAGCCAGGGCUGGGGCGGUGUCGGGGACUGGGCGGAGGUACGGAGAGAGGGAGAUUUGCCUGAUGACUAGGCAGUCACUGAUGUUCUUUAUUACCUGACGUGAUGGGACCAAGCCAGCCAGCUUCUACCUGUGUUCGUCUAGCACCCAGUAUCCAACUAGAUGGAAUGAAUGACCCCAGGAAUCUCCAGAUGCAGAACCAGCUGCAAUUUAAUAGGAAUGUGCCUACACAUCCCAGCAACUUGGCAGUCCGAUACUUUUCCCCCCAUGCGAUUAAAAUUGAAAAAUUGAAACACUCAGACAAUGAAUUGUAUCAUUGUAAAGACUUGGACUUUAAAGCUGGAAAUGACUUAAGCAGUUCUGUCUCAUUUUCUGUCAUAUCAGAAGAGAAGCUUAGCUAUGCUGUCCACCUUGCCAAAAGAGAUGUAAAAAGAAGACAGUUUGAAGAACACAUGAAAGAUCAUCUCAAAAGUCAGCCCCAUAGUGCUCACAACACCAAGGAGGAAAGGAAGGACUCAAAGAAUCAGGAUGUCCGCCACUGCAGUCACCAGCCAUCCAGAGUAGACAUUUCCAGCUCAGGUGCCAAGGUCUAUGUGUACACAUCUCAUCCGGGACGAUCAGAUCUUACUGUGCCAAAUUCACCACCUACCCAUGAUCCAGGGCUUCAGCCACAGCCAAGAACAGAGGAACACAAAAACCUGUGGGAACAGAAAGGCCUGCUGGAAGUUCAGCGACUCCGAAAGGAAUUGAGCAGCUGUAUCCAUAAAAUAGAAGCUGUAACUAAAAGAGAUAGACUGGAAGAAGCUUUGGAUCCAGAUGAAGAGCAUCGAAUGCGAGUCAGGAGACAGGAGCAAGCUGUGCGCUGUGCCCGCAUGCUCUACGUUCUUCAGCAACAGGUAAAAGAGAUCCAGGAAGAAUUGGAUAAAUUAAGUCCACAAAAAAUUAAACAUACUAAGAAGUCACGGGCAGUGUCUAGGCUGGCAGCCGUUCAUCGAGGAGCCAUCCGGGCCUUACAGGUGUUUGUCGCUCAGUGUACUGGCCGAGGGGAGCAGCCGGUUCCUGCUCGGUGGAGGGAACUGGGCAGCCUUAUUCGUCAGCUUUCACUGUGUUCUGCCAAGGUGGAUGCUGAUCCUUCCGUGCCAGAUGUGGUCAUAGACAUCUUGCAGCAAAUCGAGGCUUUGGAGUCUCUCCUGGAAAAGAAACUGUCACCUAAAAAGGUAAAGAAGUGUUCCAUGGAAAUUCAGAGCAGAUUUUCUAAUGGUAGCCAAAAGAUCUCAGAGAGGCCAACUGUACUGCCCAAGAGUGAGAGGAGACCCUUGGUCACAAAGAAGACGUUUCUGCAGGAAGCCAGUCGACCUUCUGUGGCAAAGCGGCAUCUUGAAGAUGUGUGUCAGCCUGAUGUGGAGUUUCCAGUGACUCAGAGGCUGGACAGUGAACUUAAUAUGUUAGACACAGAGAUCCUUCCAGAAGAAGACCCCUCUAUAUUGGGCCAUGGUACUGGCUUCAAGGAUGAAGCAUCCUUGAAAGCAAAAACACAAGCAGUGAGAAAGAAGACCGUGACAGAGCAUGUACCAUUUAGGAAGAAAGAUGCUUUGGAUUCAGCCAGACAUCAGCAGGCACUCCACAUAUCUGAAAAAAAACGACCAAACCAACCCUACAGCAAAAGCAGGUUGCAUCAGACAACAGUUUCAUCCAGACUAAAAAUAAACCGACAGCCUGUGAAAGACUACAGGCCUCCUUGGAUACCUCCAAACCCCACAUCCCCACCAGCUUCUCCUAAAUGUGCCGCUUGGCUAAAGGUGAAGUCCAGUCCUGGAGAUGCUGCAAAGGAAAAGUCCCUACAGCAAGAGGACACCCACGAAGAAAGUCAGUUGGGAGGUGCUACCGAACAAGAAGCAGCCAGGCUUCCUUGGCCAGAUGCUGAGUCUUCCAAAAGAUUGAAGGAACUAGAAGAAUUUGAAGCCAAAGAGAUGGAAAGAAUGCGAAAACAGAGGAUCAUUUGGCUUGAGGCUGAGACUUCUAGAAGAACCAAAGAGUUGGAUGAGCUAAAAGCUGAAGAAAUGGAUACACUUCAAAAAUUAAGUGUCUCUGCUACUGAGUUAGCUGACAAGGUAGAGGAGGCAGUAUUGGAGCGAUUGAAGCCCCUCUUGAUCAAGGCCCAGAGAGUUAACUCUUCUGUGGAAGUAAAUAGUCAUUUGAAAGAUCGUCCGUCGUGUAAUACAGCAGCAGCAGUGGCAGCCCAGCCUGCAGAGCAGGCUUCAGGUGUCAUUUCUGAAUCCAGAAGUAUUUGUCAGCUGGAUGACUGUUUGGAAGAUACUGCUCAUGAGCUCUGGGCUAUGACUCAUGAUAAGAUCUUAGGGUCAAAAACUUCAGCCACAAUGGGGGACAGCAAGGACAGCCCAGAUCUAGAGACCAUGAUGCUCCGGAUGGAGGAAAUGGAAAAAUACCAGGAGACAGUUCGCCAAAGAUAUAAUAAAAUUGUAUAUGCUGACCCUCACUUACGGAUGCACGAAGAAAGAAAUGACCAGAAUAUCCCAGCAGUAAGUGAAAGGCCUUUGGCUCCCCAUCCAAUCAAGAUCACCAAGACAGCAACUCCCAAGGACCCAGAUGUGAACAUCUUGUUAGAAAGGCCCUGCAAUGCCAACUCACUGGAAGAAAGUGUGGGAACAGCGGAGGGAUCAGAGAAAAGGGAGUCCUCCUUUCCCUCUAUUGGAGAAGAUCUGCAUCAGAAGGAAGGCCGAACUCUCCUCUUUGUCUCACCAGGGAUGCGGCACAGCAUUGGUGAUUACUGCAGUCGAUUUGAGCGUUUUCUGCGGCUCAUAUCUCAUGAGGCUAUAGGCUCCUUCAACCCAUGGCUAAUAGCUGAAAGCUUUUCAGAUGAGCUGGUAGAUGAAGCGCUGGGGGCCGUGGCCGCGGAACUGCAGGAUAUGUGUGAAGACUAUGCAGAAGCUGUGUUCACUUCAGAGUUCCUAGAGGCCGCUGCAUGAGAGCUGUCCAGGCAGGGCCCUCAGAUCACUGCAGGAGGGACAGCACCACCCCGUGUCAGCCCAAGGGGAAUCUUUGUCCUCAGUUGCCCACUGAAGAGAAAUGCCAGUGAGGUCAUCCUCACACUGUACUCUCUGUCUUGGCAAUGGUUCUGGAAGUUAUAAAAGGGUGUGUUAUAUUUAUUAGUGCCUGAGGAGCACAAGAGGAUUAUAAUGGUACAUUUUCAGAAUGUAUAAUUUUGCUACUGAAAUGGUGUGUUCAUUCCUCUGACUCAGUUUGGAGAUCAAAAUGUUUUGAAAGGUAAUGGAUAAAGAUAUUUUACAUAGGGAUUCCAGCCUCUGUUGAACCCACAGGGGUGGGGGUGGGAAUUAGUGCUAACCCAAAUGUAGUUACUGUUUGGUCCCAGCAUCUGGCUCCUGUUGGUCAGUGCCAUUCCUCACACUGUCACAGGGUACAGGACUGGGUGGCACACCAUGGGAGAUGUACUGUGGGAGUGCCACCAAGCCUCUGCUCAGCAGCAGUGGAAGUGGGCGGAGCCAAGCACAUCUUUCUCCAAGGCUCACUUCCUAAGGGGUUUUCACACUGUUUCAGUUCCUCAUAGUCACUUGUUGCUAUUUUGACACAUGCUGGUAUAAAAGGCAUUUCUCUGAAUGCAGUAGAGGUUUGAGGACAGGAGAGGGCAGUCCUUCCCCAUGCCAGCUCACUCUCCCAGAGGGCAGAAGCUUCUCUUCUCACCACAGAGCAUCCAGUCUGGAGGAGGGAGCUAAGGGGAUGACUUGAAGACUUUCUGGAGGGAGGUAAGUGGGUGGCUUGAAGACUUCUGAACUGUCCAGAGGACUAAAGACAUUCACCUGGCCUUUUGAAGGUCAUAGGUCCUAUGCCAAGGUUUUUAGAAACUCUGAGUUAAGAAAAAGAAAAGGAAUGUGCAUAAAAAUGAGGCAACUGCCUGGAAAAAAAAGUUUGCUUCAGUUAUUUUCAUGAGGUUUGGUGAAAGAAAUGUGAAGAACAAAGGAAAAGGCAUACCCAAGGACUACUGUGAAUCUAGCUACUACAGGUGCCCCUGAGUGGCUUCCUGGGAUUGUUUCUGAAGUACCAGAAGUUCCAGUGGUGAUUUAAGCUUCUUGGUCAUACUUAUUUGUGCAAAAUUGAUUUUUAUUUAGUAUUUUCCUUCUUAAUAUUACAUAACCUCAGAAUGUAAAGGGCAUCAGGGGAUUCAUAGGCCUUCAUUCUGGAGAGUUAAACGUGUGCACUUGAGCCAAUAGAAGCACUUGUCAUUGGUAGUGUAGAGUCAUUUGUAUGGCAGUUUUUACUAUGUUUAUUAAAAAAAAAAUAAUAAACUCAGUAUUUUAAAUUGUGAACAUGUCUAUUUGAAAUAAUUUACAUUUCCUUUUUCCCACAGGCAAUGUGAAAUGGGAUUUACAGAAACCACUGAGAAUACUUUUGUAUUUGAUAUGAACAUAGUGGACUAUUUGCCACCUCAGAGAAAAAUAAAUGCUAAUAAAACCUAACAUUGAUUGAGCACAUA